UGCUUCGAUUGGAUCAAUCCCAUCCCAAUGCGAGAAAAAAAAAGUCCUCACAGAUAGAGAGAUGCCGAUAACAGAACGCACGUUUGCGUCUUACUAACCUAACUCCACCCUAUUUUGUUUCUUUUCUUUUUCUGUUUUUAUUUUAGGGAAAAAGAAAGAAACCCUAGAUCUUCCAUUUUAUUAUCUUCUUUCAAUUUUAUAGGUUUUCUUUCUUUCCCUUUUUUUUUUUAAUCAGCAAGAAUUUUUUUUUAAAGGUUUUUAUAGGUUGUCGGUGCAGUCGAUUCGGCGGGGAGUGUCGUGUUUUUGAGAAAUUGUUAUUUGUUUAUUUUUGAGAAUUUUAUUUUUCUUUUAAUCGAGAGUUAUUAGUUAGGGUUUGUUUGUCAAUAGAGCUAGGGCUUCAAUUGUAAUUGGUGUUGAUGGAGCCUCGUGUGGGGAAUAAGUUUCGGUUGGGUCGGAAAAUCGGUAGCGGGUCUUUUGGAGAGAUCUAUCUUGGUACUAAUAUUCAGACUAACGAAGAGGUUGCCAUUAAGCUCGAAAAUGUCAAGACAAAGCAUCCGCAGUUGUUAUACGAAUCCAAAUUAUACAGAAUCCUGCAGGGAGGAACUGGGAUCCCAAAUGUGAGGUGGUUUGGUGUUGAGGGAGACUAUAAUGUUCUGGUGAUGGAUUUGCUUGGACCUAGUCUUGAAGAUCUAUUUAACUUCUGUAGUAGGAAACUCUCCUUGAAGACAGUUCUUAUGCUUGCAGAUCAGAUGAUCAAUCGUGUUGAGUUUGUUCAUUCAAAAUCAUUCCUACAUCGAGAUAUUAAGCCUGACAAUUUUCUUAUGGGCUUAGGAAGACGUGCUAAUCAGGUCUACAUCAUUGACUUUGGUCUGGCUAAGAAAUAUAGAGAUAGUUCAACCCAUCAACAUAUUCCUUACAGGGAGAAUAAAAAUUUGACUGGUACUGCAAGAUAUGCCAGCAUGAACACUCAUCUUGGGAUUGAGCAAAGCCGGAGGGAUGAUCUAGAGUCUCUUGGUUAUGUCCUUAUGUACUUCUUGAGAGGAAGCCUUCCGUGGCAGGGAUUGAAAGCAGGAACUAAGAAACAGAAAUAUGAGAAAAUUAGUGAAAAGAAAGUUUCUACUUCUAUAGAGGCCUUGUGUCGGGGCUAUCCAACAGAAUUUGCUUCAUACUUCCAUUAUUGUCGUUCACUGCGAUUUGAUGAUAAGCCAGAUUAUGCCUAUCUGAAAAGAAUUUUCCGGGACCUCUUCAUUCGUGAAGGCUUCCAAUUUGAUUAUGUAUUUGAUUGGACGAUUUUGAAGUAUCAGCAAUCACAGCUGGCUACACCACCAGCUCGUGCUCUUGUCCCAGGUGCUGGAACUAGUUCUGCGACACCUCCUGUUAUAGCCAGUGCUGACAGACAAACAGGUGGGGAAGAUGGUCGACCAGCUGGUUUGUCUUCAAUGGAGUCCUCACGGCGGAGAAUGACGUCUGGACCCAUCAUAAAUUCUGCAAGUUUCUCGAAACAGAAGAGUCCAGUUGUAAAUGAAUCUGGAAUUAGUAAAGAUGCUAUGUUAUCUAGCUCCAAUUUUAUGGGACGAUCAGGUGGAUCCUCUAGGCGAGCUGCUGCUGUUUCUAGUAGUCGGGAUGCAUUUGUUGGAAGUGAGGCUGAACAUCAACGCUCUCGUGCUACCGAGGCAAGCCCUGGAGCAUUGCACAGAAUUUCAAGUGCACAAAGAAAUUCUCCUGUCGGAUCUUCAGAUCCAAAGCGGUCAGCAUCAGGGAGAAAUACCACUCACAUUAAAAAUUAUGAAACUACCCUCAAGGGCAUUGAGGGCCUGCAUUUUGAUGGUGAUGAGAGGGUUCAUUAUUAGAUGCUCGCUACCGUGCAUUGUAAAUCAUGAAGUGGUUGGUAUGAUGUCAGACUUGCAGUAAAAUAUAGGGGUUAUUCUCGUGGAGUACUGAAGAAAGUAAGGGAAAAUCAAGAUUUAGAAUUGCACGGGCAAAGAAGUUGAUCAUUUGGAAAACAAGUUUCAGAUGCUGAAUUUAAUGCACAAAAUUGAGUCAAGGCUCUGUCCAUAAAGCUGGGUGUAUUUUCACGGCUACUCUUUUUUUUUAAUUUUUUUUUUUUUAUUUUCAACAGUUCAACCCUUAUUUCCGUGGUCAGCUGUUCAUUUAAGCUUUGAUUUUUGAUGUUUGAAACUCAGGUUUAUAACUUGUUGGCUUUGUAAAUCGGCCGCUGUAUUGAUUUUCCUCUGCAGUUCUAAUAUUACUUUGCUUACGCAGAUGCAGGUUUCUUCAAAUUAAAAUUCAUGCCAACUUGUAACAUUCUUGUAA